AUGAGCAUUGACACAUUUGCCAAUUUAGUUACACACUUUUGUCUUGUCUGUUCACUUGAUUAUUUGGCUAGCAGGGGUUUGAAUGGCCAGACAGUCAAAGGUGGGGGAUGUGUUUCUUCCUCUGUAGUCAAAGGUGCAUUUGCCCAAUCUGCAGAACUUACUAAUCUUGAUAGUUCUUCAUAUCUGCAAAUUGAUAAUAUUCGUAGUAGGAAGAUUUUGAACAAUCCAAAUCUCCAGCAUAUCAACUUACUCGUCUUCAUUUACCACUUUACUCGAACCACUAAUUCUAGUUGCAGCAGGUUUUUCGGUUAUUUGAUUGGUUUAUUUCCUUUAACACAUUCUAACUCUUAUCAAAUAAAAAUGCCCUCCACAUUAUUACAUUUCCUUGCAGUCAAUGCUGAAUGGUGA